AUGUCCGGAAAGGGUAAAGGAGGUCGUGGCAAAGCUGGCAAGAAGAGUGGCAGUGGAGCCAAGUCUCGCUCCGCCAAGGCUGGUCUACAGUUCCCUGUUGGCCGUAUCGCAAGGUAUCUGAAGAAGGGCCGUUAUGCUAAGCGCGUCGGUUCUGGAGCGCCAGUCUAUUUGGCCGCUGUUCUAGAAUAUCUCGUCGCUGAGAUUCUUGAGCUCGCUGGUAACGCUGCGCGAGACCACAAGAAGACUCGUAUCAUACCUCGCCACAUUCAGCUGGCGGUCCGCAACGAUGAGGAACUUAACAAAUUCCUCGCUGGUGUUACUCUCGCGAGCG